UGUCAGAAUAUAAUACGUUGCAUAUAAUGACAUCUUAAAGGAUAUAUUUCCUUUCUCCAUCUACAAGAAUCUCGAGAUCGAGAAUUUUUUCCCGCCCCUGUGUACCUUUACCCUCGCGCGCUUCGUGUUCCAUCGAGACUGCCCCCUCGAUUCCCCUCUGACCGCAAGUAGCUGUACCCUCUCUUCCCGCGAGCUCGCUUCGCCACCACUCUAAGAACGUAGGAAUGCCGCCGCUAUCCCGACCCGGACGAGUUCAGUGGUUUCGAAGAGUCGAGCAGACGACACUGACGAAAAGCGCCAGUUUCGCUUGCAUAUUCCUCGCGGGAACGGAGGAAAGUAGAGGUAUACGUAAUCCUGAAUCAAAAGAGAUUUGAACGCCAUCUGGAUCGGGGAAAGAAUCGAAAAAAAGAUGUUCGCGUAGCGAGUCGUGAUUGCGAAAUCUAUGAUCAUUGUGAUAUAUUUAUUUUCUAAUCGAUCGAUUCGACGAGUUUAUGAAUAUUUUCGUGGAAAAGUAUGUAUGGAUAGACGACAGAGUUCAAAACAAAAAGUUCGAUACGAUAAUCGGAAAGUCGAUAUGAAUUGUUCAAAGAGAGGAAUUAGACGAGAAAGUGAAGAAAUAAUGAGAAGAAAAUAAAAGAGAGAAAAAGAUCGAGAAACAAAAGUUUAAGAAUACGGCGAAAACUCGUGAGAGAAGAAGAAUCGGUGGCCGUCGGACGAUGCAAACUCACUCGCCUAACUCGAAAGUUGCUGCACGGAUAUGAUUAAAAAGAUGGGUGAAAAAAUUACAAAUUGAAGAAAAUCGUGGAUGACGUGAUGUUUACGAUCGAGAGAAAUACGAGCGGAUCGAAGAGAAACGAGACGAAGCGAAGAAAGCGAGAGGUAUAAAAAUAAAGAAGAAUCAAGAAACGACGGAAAAAGUGGAUAAACGCGUGCGAGGCUAAUCAUCAGAAAAACUGCUGGCUCGCUGGAAAGCAUGAAAGUAUGAAAAAAAGGGAGCGGCAAGGAAGAGUGAACGAGAAGAAAAGAGCGUAGAGGAAGAAAAGAGUAGAGAUUAGAGAAAAAACGGAGAAAGAAAGAAAAAAGUAGGAGCGAGAGAGAGAGAAAAAGAAAGAGAGAGUAAAAGUAUCGCGCGAGACGUCUGAAGGCUGCACAACAGUAUAGGGUAUAAGGCAACGUGGUGAACAGGACUGCACUGGCGGAGAAAAGAGAGUAGAGCGGUGCUGAACGCAUAGAGGCGAAGGGAGCAAAACGAAGAGAAUCGGUGGUAUGGACGAAGCGCGAGAGCGUGGUAUAGUGAAGUGAGAACGAACGAGAGGUAGAAAAGAAACAAGAGAGAGAGUUGGAAGCAUAGGCAGCAGCGAAGAUCAGAGAGAGGCGAGUCGGUGUGGAGAGAGAGAACCAUUCAUCUUGGCGCGCCUAGACGGGCCGCGAUUGGUCCACUUCGGAUAAGGGAGCGGCGCGAUUGGUCGACUCUGUUUACCAGCUGGUACCCCAGCGCGCUCGAGGAUCGAGGUAGAAGAGAGGGGGGAACAGAACGGAGAGACAAGCGGCGCCAUUAUUGUAAGGGGUUACAUUUAGCUGGCCGUGGGUUGUAGUACGCGGCGUUCGGGAUAGGGGGCUAUAGUACCUUCAUGCAUGGCCCAUAAAGGAUUCGUCGACUAUCCGAGAAGUACGCAAGAAACGGCUUCUAACACCUGACAGGGGCCACGCUCUUCUCUUCUCUUCUCUCUCCUCGUGCCGUCGCCUCGAUCGCCGUCGCAGCCCAAUUUUCUCGCUGGGACCGCUGUGUUGGAUCAGCUGGGUGGGCCCGACCGACGAAAGACCCGCUGCUUUAUUAUCGCUCGUCAUCUCGAUGUGGAAGGAAUCGUAAUUACCAUAAAGGAAUCGUAACGUCGCCCCGAAAAAUCAUACCUGGACGGUGGAGAUGCUCUUUUGCUCCGGUGUGCGAUCGACGGCACGAUCAUCGCCCGAAAACAUAAAGAGAAACGAAUGAUCUGGAAACCGUGUCCCGUGUCCCGUCUGCCGUCGCAAGCUGCCCGUCGUAAUCGCCAUCAUCCGCCUACUAGCGAUAUCCUUUUUUUUCCGCCCGCGUCCGUUAUCGUACCGUACCAGUGAUAAUGUGUAAAGUGGCGAGUCAAAGUGGGGGGUCAAAGGUAACACACGAGUAAACGAGAGAAAAUAGAAAGAUAGAAAGGGAGAAGGAGAAGAAAGGAAAGAAUUAUCGAAAAGUGAAAAGAAAAAGAAACGACGUGAAAUCGAUUGAUUCGAACGAUAAUCGAGUGCGUGCGAGAAGUACGGUGCGAGAAAAAAUUCGAAUCGAUCGAAAGAGAUCGGGAGAAUAAAUUGAGUAUAUACAACUUGUGUGUACAAGGAAAAGGUGAUUGGCGGUGGAAGUGUGCGUGUGAAGAUGAAGCAGCAGCAGCCGGCAGAUUUGCCGGUACGGUGUCGGUGUUGAGACACUGAACCCGGCCACCCGUGCCCGGGCGUGUCUUCGGCAUCCGAGUCCGAAAUCGGCACCGGCUACAGCCGAUAUGAGUUCGAAAUUCAUAAUCGAUAGUAUGCUACCUAAGUACCACCAACAGUUCCAUCAUCAACAAUUAUUCUCGAGCGCGAAUCCCGGCACGAUCCAGGCGUGCACGACAAGCCCAGCGACCGCGAGCCUAGAAUCGAGUUUAUCCGCGGCUGCAGUCGCGGCCGCGGCAGUGAAUUACGCGCAACAGCACAAUUCCCCAAGCCCGACGGGCUCGAGCCCCCAGCAUUCGGGAAGUUCGGCAUCCACGUCACCGGCGGCGCGCACAACCUCCAGCAUGUACCCGUACGUGUCUGCGGCAGCUGCCCAUCAUCAUCAUCAGCAGCAACAAGCGGUCGCGGCGGCCGCGUUCGGCGCCACGUCCAGCAUGGUGCCGGGAUUCGGCUCGACCGCGGCCUCGAGCGCGGCGUUGGCUGCGGCCGCAGCCGUCGAUGCUGCGACCGCCGGCGACAAAUCUUGCCGUUACACGGCCAGCCUCGCCGGGAACGUCGCGCCGGCAUCCGCCGAUCCAAUGGUAAAUUACACCCUCGGCCAUCAUCAUCAGAACGGCGCUACGCCCAGCAGCCUCGUGUCCUCCGCGUCCGCUUCGUCCGCCGUCUCGGCCGCGUCCGCCUCCAUGGCCGCCGCCGCACAAUUCUAUCAUCAAGCCGCCGCCGCAUCGGCCGUCGUUGAUCCUUUGACGUCCUGCCAACAACCCACCACCGGACAGCCAAGCAUCUCGGACAUACCGCGAUAUCCAUGGAUGUCCAUCACCGAUUGGAUGAGCCCGUUCGACAGAGUCGUGUGCGGCAAAUCUGCGUUUCUGACGUUUCCAGGGCCGAACGGGUGUCCGAGGCGCAGGGGGCGGCAGACGUACACGCGUUUCCAGACCCUCGAGCUCGAGAAGGAGUUCCACUACAACCACUACCUGACGCGACGGCGGCGAAUAGAAAUCGCGCACGCGCUCUGCCUUACCGAGCGGCAGAUCAAGAUCUGGUUCCAGAAUCGGCGGAUGAAAUUGAAGAAGGAGUUGAGGGCGGUGAAAGAGAUAAACGAGCAGGCGAGGAGGGAGCGGGAGGAGCAGGAAAUGAUGAAGAAGCAGCAGGCGGAGAAGCAGGCGAAGAUGCAGCAGGAGCAGCAGAACGCCGCACUGCAGCAUCAGCAACAGCAUCACGGUGUGAGCGGCCUCGACAAGACGCAGAGCGAUCUUCUGAAGGCGGUCAGUAAAGUGCCCACAUAGGAGACUUUGCUCACCCGGUUGUCUUUCUUUUAAACAAGAAACGAGAGACUGGACAAGCAAGAGCCUCUAGCCAUCGAAGCUGGGUAAGAGAGAGAAAGAGAAAGAGAGAGAGAGAGAGAGAGAGGUGGAAGAUUAGAAACGAGCCAACCGCAACUCGAACGCGAGCGCCCUCUUCUUACUCUUCCCGCGCGAACGAACAACGGCCGAGAGAGAAUUCUGUUCCUCCUUGCUCUUCGACCGAGAAACGUGCGCUCUUCUUGCGUAGGAGGAUCUCGUCGAGUGAUCUCUGUUCUCUUGUUUUUGUUUUGUUUUUUAUACCAAGCGAGGAGAAAACGAGAAAGAAACGGAACAAACACGACGAAGAAACGAUCAACCACGCGCUCUUCUACGCCAUAUUGCGGUCUGAACGAGAGACUCGAUAAGAGAAGACGGAAAAUGGAAGAAGGAGAGAGAGAGACAAGGAUGGAAGGGGACGCGCGACGAUGUUGUCCGUCUCUUUCGUUUUUUUACGAAGGAAGGAAGGAAGAAAGGAGAUGGAAAUACAACCGAAGAGAAUUAAGAAGAGCACACCCUCGAAAGGAAAAAAAAUUAUACACUACGUACUUAUUUUGGCUGGGAGGAAGAAUAUGGACCCCAGCCUGUGACUGAUUCCUAGAGCGUAUAAUGUAAUAAUUGUUUAAUGGGGGCGCGCUGCGCGGCGAGUCAUCGCGAUUGCCGAGCGAUGAACAGCGGGGGGAAUGAUCAAGUUGGCGUGAUAACUGCCAUAUACGAAGAGCCAACGAUAUAUCGCGGGAUACUAGAAAUUAACUCGAACGAGGAGAAACACGGAACGAAGGGAAUUAAACAACGCCGCGCGUGUACGUGUGUGUGUGUGUGAGCGUCGACGAGACGAUCAAUUAAUAUCGACAGAGAAGAAAGAAGAAAACCGUAGGGAAUAAUUAAACGAGGCUGUCGUGUAAAGAAUUCGUGUAAUUGCGGUGAAUGAUCGGAGAAAAAAGAGGACACGACGAAACUCGUCGCCAUUUUGAGGAACAUGGACGAUGAUUAUUCCAUUCUUUUUGUCCAUAGCACAAUAAUUUUACAGUAUAUUUCCUUGCAUCGAAAUCAUUUAUCUUUGGUAAAAUUUUUUUUUCGAAAAUAGACCGCGGGAAAAGUUCGAUAGCUCGUUCUUUAUGGAUGAACACGAUUCGCGUUACACGAUUAGAAAAAUGAGCGUAAGAAUUCUCCACUCUUCUCUUCGUCGAAACACGAUGGAAACGUAUUUUUCGAACGAUUACUUAGCCGGAUACCCGAUUGCAACGAAAUCAGUGGCGCAUGCGUUAAAGAGUUCGAUUUUCCUCGGGAGAGGAAUUUUAGUGAUACGAGUCGAUGCCAUUUUGCCAAGCUACUUUUCCAGGCUUAAUUAACCACGGUUUACACUACUCUCGCGAUUGCCUCCUCGAAACUGUAAUUAGGCAAAUUAAUAUCGAUAAAUACUUUUAUCAUUUCUGUACUUGCUGACGUAAAUCGUCUUACUGCGAAUGUUUUUAUUUUCAUUUUUUUUUCUUUUUUUCUCCGACCCGGAUCGCCCAUGUUCUUUCACGAAACGUUUGGAAAUUGAUGUAAUAUGCGUCGUUGCUCCGGUUGGUAAAUUAUAUUUUAAAUUAUCUCUUUUCCCGGAAUCGAGUUAUAUUGUUGAUUCCUCUUGAUUAAUACGAGGUAUUAUUUAGGAGGAACGCCGAAGCGCGGAAAUUUAUUUUUUUACGAAGAAAUUUAACAGACGAGCGAUGAGGCGUCCUCGAGUUAACGAAUAAAGUGUGUAUCCAUUUGUUUCUUUUGCGCGAAAUCGUAUACCAUUACGUAUCGCUAGCUAAAAAUUUCAUGGAAAACACGAAUACCGAUCGAUCGUAUUUUUUAAUAUUUUUUUACAAAAAUCCGUCUCGAAAAAAUGAUGCAAUUCUUUCUUGCCGAUAUGACUUAAUAACGACUCUUAUUUCCACUACCGGAGAGAAAGUAAAUAUUUUCAAAAUGCUUUUCAAUCCCUUUUAUCAACUGUCGUUUCCUUGUCGACCUUCGUAGCCGUUGGAGAGGAUCGAAUUUCGUAUGUAUAGUUGUUACGUGGCCGUGCCGCGAGCCUACAAUGAAUAAAUACACAUAUACGCCGUGCAGAGGGCGUUUCGUCGAGCGUUGCUUGCUUAUUUCUGUCAUGGAUGCUUAACCUCUUAACAACUCCGCGCAUCGAUAUAUCAUUUCCUCUGUUUUGACACGAAUACGAAUAAUAGUGGUUACAAUACAGUGAUGACUACUACAGUGUGUGCAAAAGAAACAAGUGAAUAUAUACUCUUUUAGAACGCGUGUGUGAAAAGACUCGUGAUAUAUAUGAAGCAAGAAGCGAGAUCCGAUUCUUCUCCGCGUAUAUUUCUUCGAUCGAAACGUACGUCGUUCGUGAUUGGCGCGAGUGUCUCGAGUUUGAAAAAAUUGAAAUCGUUUUCACGUGUAAUAUUAUAUAUUUCGGUUUCGGGAAGGAAUCUCGAUUCGUCGAUUGAUGAGCACAUCCACAUUCGUUUUUAUCGUUUCGGUUAGAUCUCGCAGGAUAUCUCGCAAAGGUAUCGCUUUUAACUUUAAUACAAGAUAACUUGUACGAAAGCAAGCACGUUUUUCCAUAUUGUCUCAAGAUAAUUUAUCGCGAGAAUAUUUUAUCCUUUGAUCCGCGAAAACGAUUCGUUCUCCUGAUUUGAUAUUCUUUUUCAUCCAUGUUUCUUUUGUUUUCUUUCUUCCUUCCAUAUUUUUUUUUCUUCUUUUUUAUAAAUAUUAUUCUCGGUAAGGCGUUAAUUUUUCCGCGUUAAUUUAAUACGUAGUGUUGUGUAAUUAUAUCGAUGCCAUGUUGAAAUCGAGAUUGUUGAACAAAAUUUUUUUUGUUUCGUUUUCGCGUGUUCUCUCUUUGCCAUAUCUUUCGUCCAACGGGACAACGACGUCUUUUUCGCAAAUUCCACGAUUCGAAAGAAGAAGAAGAAGGAAGGAAAAGAGUUUGGGAGAAUGGAAAAAAAGAAAAGAAGAGAAAUAAAAGUACAGACGAGAGAGAGAACGAACUUUUUAUAAUAAAACAAUGAUGCAAAAAUACAAAGACACACUGGACGAGUAUCUCACACUCUCUUAGUACAUUAAAUACGUAAUUUGGUGUCAGGGUAGACUUUUUUCUAUAGAUAUAGAAGCCGUUAUUGCUAUUUACUUACGUAGAAUUCAUAAUGAGGAAAAAGAAAAAGGAAAAAAAAAAAAAAAAAAAAGAGGACUCUAGCAAGAAAAAUCGAGAGGAAAAUUAACUAAGAAAUACUUCAGAUUAUUAUAUAUAAAUUAUUACCUAAUUAUUUUUUUUUUUUCCUCUUCCCCGUUAAAUAAUACCCGAUUCGUGCAAAAUAUUCCUCCGUCUUUUUUCAUUCAUUUCUCGACGAUUCAAACGAUGAUUGGUUUUUCGAAUAAUUGUCAUCGUGAAUGUAUAUUUUAUAUAUCUAAUAAUAGUUCAGAGAGGGAAUGGAUUUUUUCAAAAUCCUUUUUUUCCUCGUUCGAAAAAACGAAUCGAAUUACGUGAUUGUUGAAUUUAUUCUCUUUUUUGUUUCUUUUUUGAAGAAUUGUUUAGACGUUAAGAAAUGUUGUUUUAUUAUCGAGGAAAAUCGAUACGAUAAAAGUGCAAUGGAAUCGUCGAAAUAUCGAUGAAAACGCGUAUAUAUACGUAAUUCGACCAAGAGAAAAAAAAAAAAAAAAAAUAGAUUUGUUUUCUCAAGGCGAGGAAUCUGUUGUAACGAAUCGUUGAACGAUUAUCUAUUUACGAUGUAAAAUCAUAGUACACAAUACCGUAUUAUAUAAAAAUAAUAUAUUAUAUAAAAUAUAUAUAUAUAUAUAUAUAUGCAUAUAUAUAUGAACAAUUGGAAAGAAGAAGAAAAAUCUGUUAUACUAACUAAGGACAAGCAGAACAAACGAAAGAAAAAAAAAUUUUGAUAAUUGUAUAUCGUGAAGAAAGGGGGAAGAAAAAAAAAAAUUAACACUUAGAAUACGUAUAACGUACGUAAUUAAAUAAAAGUCACAUUAUAGAGCAUAAACAAUUAAUAGGG